GAGGUCACCAGUACUCACGUUCACAGUGUGCCGUAUCUCUCUGCGCAGGCAAUGGGACAAGCUGCUAAAUCAGCAAGGACAGUUGUCAUCACCGGUGUUCCAGAUGGCCUUCUGCACGAUGAUGUCAUGACUGACAUACUGAUGAUCCAUUUCCAAAUGUCAAAGAAUAACGGGGGAGAUGUGGAAGAAGUAACGUAUCCGACAAAGAAAAAAGGAGUUGCCUAUGUCACUUUUGAAGAUCAAGAAGUUGUAGAGAGUGUUCUAAAGAAGGAGGAACAUCGACUCCAAGACAAGAGGUUGUCCGGAUACUACCCGCUGAAAGUAACCCGUUACUGUGAAAACGUCUUCAUCUCGGUCACAUCUGUCCUCAAUAUGUCUAUUUUCAAAGAUCAAUUUGUUUUAGAAGAUCUGGUACAAGAACUUCAAAAGAAGAGCACAGCUUUGAGCUUUGGUCCUUUGCAAUCCAAUGGGCAUAUUUCUGUUCAAGGGUCAUUUCCAGCAAUCAAAUUGUUAAGAGACCUUCUCUUACUCAAAGCAAAAUCCCUUUCAGAGAAGGACAAAAGAGAAGAAAGUCAGUCCCAUCAGAGACCAAGGAGGAGUCUACAGCAGCACAGACUUACUGCAGAGACAGAUAAUUUCACUCAUGAUGCAGAUGGGGAAAAACAAGUGGUGGUUCUUGACACAGAUAUAUUUCACUACAUGAAGUACUUUUUUCCCAGGACAUUCUUAGUAAAUGAUCAUGUUAGAAUUUCUGACGUCACUGGUGGUGAUAUAACUACUGUGUACAUUGAGAAAGCUGGAAGGAGGUCUGAUGCUGAACAGGUAUUGAGAGUCAAAAAGAAAAUUGAAAAUCAGUCUAUAAAACUCCAUAAUGUUUUACGUAAAGAAAGGAUCUGCUUUGAGAAGCACAGCAGAGAUGAAAAGAGGAGAUAUAAACAAGUGUGUGAAGGUCUAAAAACCCGUUACCCUUGUGUUUUGGUCAUUCCUUAUGAUACUCACAUCGAUCUUAUAGGAAAUUCUUCUGAGAUUUUUGCCUUUACAAAGGAGCUGGGCAAAAAGAUUCAGAACCUGUGGCAAACCAAGUAG